GAUGAAGAAUGAGAUUGAUGGGUGCUGUGGAGAGUACUGCAAGCUCACGCGCAAGCAGCGCAUGUAUGGCUUUGCGUACUGCUUUGCCAUCGGCUGCAUCCUCGGUUUGCUGGGUACGGCUCUCGUGGCCCUUGGUAACCUGACCGCGUUUGCCAUCUGCUAUUCCCUCGGCACCAUCAUGUCUCUCGCGAGUUCUUUGUUCCUGUGGGGGCCAUGGCAUCAGAUCAAGAACAUGUUCAAGGAGACGAGAUGGAUUGCGACAUGCGUGAUGCUUGCGUCGAUUGCAAUGACGCUUGUGUCUGCGAUUGUAUGGAAGAGCGUUGCGCUCGCCAUCAUCUUUGCAUUCAUCCAAUUCCUCGCCUUCUUCUGGUACUGCCUCUCCUACAUCCCAUACGCAAGAGCCGUGGCCCGCAACUGUAUGGGCUCGUGCAUGAAUGUGUGAGUGCGUACAGUGCCGCCAAACGGUAGUGGUGAUGGUCGUAGUCGUGCAAGCGUGUGUGCGGCUGAUCAAACGGCUUGUGUUACGUGUGCGAACGGUGAAGAGGGGGGGGGGGUGGAGGAAAGGCAGGUGCAAGAGAAGUUAAGGGGGCGGGGAAGAGGGGGGGGGGGAGUACAAGAAGCGGAUAAAGAGAG